UCAGCCACGUUAUCGUUUGACCGGCUACAUCGAUACAGAUUUUCGACCUGCUACGAUAAUAUCCACGAGGAGAAGAUGUCACUGGCAGAUCAGCCAUGUUACACGUUGAUCAACAUACCCUCUGACAGUGAACCCCCAACAGAGAUGCAGCUCAAGCAGGAUCUCGAAAUGGGGGACACGAAGACAAAGAUCGAGGCCCUGAAAAAGACGAUCCAGCUAAUUCUUAAUGGGGAGAAGAUGCCCAGCCUGCUGAUGACAAUCAUCCGCUUUGUGAUGCCACUACAGGACCACACCAUCAAGAAGCUGCUGCUGAUCUUCUGGGAGGUGGUGCCCAAGUACUCCGGGGAUGGCUCACUCAUACACGAGAUGAUCCUUGUCUGUGAUGCUUACAGGAAGGACCUGCAGCACCCCAAUGAGUUUAUCAGAGGCUCUACCCUGAGGUUCCUGUGUAAACUGAAGGAGGCUCAGGUGCUGGAGCCGCUGAUGCCAGCCAUCCGCUCGUGUCUGGAGCAUAGACACUCCUACGUCAGACGGAAUGCUGUCCUGGCUGUCUACACCAUCUACAGGAAUUCUGACUUUUUGAUUCCUGAUGCACCGGAGUUGAUCGCAAACUUCCUGGAGGGAGAGCAGGAUAUGUCCUGUAAGAGGAAUGCUUUCAUGAUGUUGAUUCAUGCUGACCAGGAGAGGGCCCUGAAUUAUUUGUCCAGCUGUAUUGACCAGGUGAACACGUUUGGGGACAUUCUUCAGCUGGUUAUAGUGGAACUUAUCUACAAGGUGUGUCACGCUAAUCCAUCUGAGCGAGCUCGCUUUAUUCGCUGCAUCUACAACCUACUUCAGUCCUCGAGCCCUGCAGUCCGCUAUGAGGCUGCUGGAACUCUGGUAACACUGUCUAGUGCACCUACAGCUGUCAAGGCAGCAGCUAGUUGUUACAUUGAGUUGAUCAUCAAAGAAAGUGACAACAAUGUCAAACUGAUUGUACUGGAUCGUCUGAUUGCUCUUCGUGAGGUGCCAGCUCAUGAGAAAGUUCUACAGGAACUUGUAAUGGACAUUCUGAGGGUGCUUAGUGCCCCUGACCUUGAGGUCAGAAAGAAGGUGUUGAACCUGGCCCUUGAUCUUGUGACCUCCAGAACCACAGAAGAGAUGGUUUUGGUAUUGAAGAAGGAGGUUGUGAAGACAAAUAACUCUGUGGAGCAGGAUGACACUGGGAAGUACAGACAGCUGCUGGUGCGCACUUUACACCAGUGCUGUGUCAAGUUCCCAGACGUGGCUGCCACCAUUAUACCCGUGCUGAUGGAGUUCCUCAGCGAUCAGAAUGAGCUGGCUGCUGCAGACGUGCUCGUGUUUGUCAGGGAGGCCAUUCAGAGAUUUGAACCUCUGCGGGAACUCAUCAUCAGUAAACUACUGGAGGUCUUCCCUACCAUCAAAGCAGUGAAAAUUCACCGUGCUGCAUUGUGGAUCCUUGGAGAGUACUGCACUAGUUCAGAGGACAUACAGAGUGUCAUGACCCUCAUCAGGCAGUCACUCGGGGAGAUACCCAUUGUGGAUGAUGAAAUGAAGAAGGCUACUGGAGAAGUCACAGAAGAAGACACAGAGAUGCAGGGUUCAGGUGUACAGAGACUGGUCACAGCUGAUGGGACAUACGCCACACAGAGCGCCUUCAGCACACAGGUCAUCAAGAAGAAAGAGGAGAAGCCUCCCCUGCGUCAGUUCCUCAUGGAUGGAGACUUCUUUGUAGGAGCUGCUCUAGCCACCUCCCUCACUAAGCUGGCCCUCAGAUAUCUCUCCCUCACCAAGGACACCAAAAAACAAAAUGCAUUCAUGGCUGAGGCUAUGUUGAUAAUGGCAACAGUGAUACAUCUGGGCAAAUCAGGGCUCUCCACAAAGCCAAUCACAGAUGAUGAUGUGGACCGUAUAGCAGUUUGUCUGCGUGUGCUGGCAGAGAAUAAUCCAAUGAUGGGAGAAGUGUUCAAUAAAGGCUGUCGUCAGUCCCUCUCCCUCAUGCUACAGGCUAAAAUAGAGGAUGAGAAAGCCCAGCAAAAGGCUGCUGAGAAGACAGCCAUCAAAAUUCAGGCAGAUGAUCCCAUCUCCUUUGCUCAGCUGGUCUCUAAGAAUGAACUUGGUACAACAGAGAACAUGUUUGAAUUGACGCUGUCCCAGGCUUUAGGGAUGACAGUGAAGAAAGGUGGAGACUUGAUGGGGUCAUCCAAACUUAACAAGGUCACCCAGCUGACUGGUUUCUCUGACCCUGUCUACGCUGAAGCCUAUGUGAAUGUGAAUCAGUAUGACAUAGUGCUGGAUGUCCUUAUUGUAAACCAGACCUCUGAUACCCUUCAGAACCUGACUCUUGAGCUGGCUACCCUUGGUGAUCUAAAAUUGGUGGAGAAACCACAGCCUGUAACCAUGGCACCACACGACUUCACGAACAUCAAGGCCAAUGUCAAGGUUGCUUCUACAGAAAACGGAAUUAUCUUCGGAAACAUAGUGUAUGACAUCACUGGAGCAGCAAGCGAUCGUAACUGUGUUGUGCUCAACGACAUCCACAUAGACAUCAUGGACUACAUCAUCCCUGCGACCUGUACUGAUACAGAGUUCCGGCAGAUGUGGGCAGAAUUUGAGUGGGAGAACAAAGUGGCAGUGAACACUAAUGUGUCCAAUCUUCACGAUUACCUGCAGCUUCUGCUGGGCUGUACCAACAUGAGGUGUUUGACCCCAGAGAAGGCAUUGAAAGGAGAAUGUGGGUUCAUGGCAGCUAACAUGUAUGCCCGCUCUAUAUUUGGUGAAGACGUGUUGGCUAACCUGAGCAUUGAGAGAUCCACCAUGCUGGGGCAGGACGCUCCAGUACAGGGGCACAUUCGCAUCAGGGCCAAGAGCCAGGGCAUGGCUUUGAGUAUGGGAGAGAAGAUAAAUGUAUCGCAGAAAGCCACAAAAUCUGGAUAGAGUCUUGUUCGUAACUUAAAUGUUUUUGUGGCUAAUUGAGGCAAUUGCAUCACUGCAUCAUUUUGAUAUCAUGAUUUUCUUAAAGUCAUAAAGUUCUUACAGGUUUGCUCGUCGUCAUGUACUUCACUUACACACUGAUAUACAUCUUAUAGAGAUUGUUUAAUGUACCUACAUGUAUUUACAAAAUUGAAGAUAAGAAAAUAGUGGAAAAAAUAUGUAAAUGUACAUUGAGCUAUUGUUGGAGAAGGUGUUGAUGUAAACUAUUAUAUUAAAGAAUAGUGUAUUACAGGUGUGUAUUCAUUUAUGUCAAAAGUAAUAAAAACAUUAAUAGAAAACUGUUCUUUGUUAUUUAAAGAAAGCAAAACGAAAACCUCAUAUGGGCAUACAGAAUAAAAGAUUGUAUUUUACCAAAGGAGUGUUAC